AUGGCGUCUAACUCUACCACUACAUUUUUCGCCCUUUCCCAGUCUUUCAGUGUAUCUGAUAUCAUUGUAAUCGGAGCAUAUUUUUUAUUGAACGUCGCUGUUGGAAUAUGGUCAUCUUGCAGAGUGAGCCGAAACACACUAAGUGGAUAUUUUCUGGCUGGCAGAGACAUGGCUUGGUGGCCGAUUGGUGCAUCUCUGUUUGCCAGCAGUGAGGGUUCAGGAUUGUUCAUCGGUCUGGCUGGGACAGGAGCAGCGGGAGGGAUCGCUGUAGCUGGAUUUGAGUGGAAUGCAACUUAUGUCCUGUUGGCUCUUGCCUGGAUCUUUGUCCCAGUUUAUGUGUCUUCUGGGAUUAUCACGAUGCCAGAGUAUUUGGGUCGGCGGUUUGGAGGAGAGCGAAUUCGCAUUUACUUGUCAGCUCUCAGUCUGAUGCUGUCUGUGUUUACCAAGAUCUCAACAGAUCUGUACUCUGGAGCUUUGUUUGUCCAGGUUUGUUUGGGCUGGAAUCUCUACCUGUCCACUGUGCUCAUGCUGGUCAUCACUGCCCUCUACACUAUUGCAGGUGGCUUGGCUGCUGUUAUCUACACCGACACUCUUCAGACCUUCAUCAUGAUCAUUGGAGCAGUCAUCCUCACCAUUACAGCAUUCAAUAAGAUUGGAGGCUACAGUAACCUGGAGAGCGCGUAUUUGAAAGCUGUGCCGUCUAAGAUCAUCCCAAACACGACAUGUCACCUGCCCAGGCCUGAUGCCAUGCACCUGUUCAGAGACCCUGUGCAUGGAGAUCUACCCUGGCCAGGCAUGACACUGGGAUUGACCAUUCUUGCAACAUGGUACUGGUGCACCGAUCAGGUAAUCGUGCAGAGGUCUCUGUCAGCCAAGAAUCUGAGUCACGCCAAAGGGGCGUCAAUCUUUGCCAGCUAUCUCAAGAUGCUUCCCAUGAUCUUCAUCAUCCUACCUGGCAUGAUCAGCAGGGCACUCUACCCAGACACAGUGGCUUGCGUUGACCCUGAAGAGUGUGUAAAGGUGUGUGGUGCAGAGGUGGGCUGUUCCAACAUUGCUUUUCCAAAACUGGUCAUCGAGCUCAUGCCCAGCGGCCUCAGGGGGUUAAUGAUCGCUGUAAUGAUGGCCGCUUUAAUGUCAUCACUGACCUCCAUCUUUAACAGCAGUAGCACCCUCUUCACCAUGGACAUCUGGAAGAAGUAUCGAAGAGGUGCUAGUGAGAAGGAGCUGCUGCUAGUUGGCAGGAUAGUGACUGUUAUUUUGGUGGUGAUUAGCGUGGUUUGGAUCCCGAUUCUUCAGAGUGCUAACAGCGGUCAGCUGUAUGUUUACAUCCAGUCAGUAACCAGCUAUCUAGCCCCUCCUGUUACUGCCAUUUUUGUAAUGGCUGUUUUCUGGAAAAGAACUAAUGAGGCGGGAGCAUUCUGGGGCUUGAUGGUGGGUCUAGCGGUGGGAUUGACGAGGAUGGUUCUAGAGUUUGUGUUUCCUCCCCCUCGCUGUGGUGUUUUUGACCCUGCUCCCUCUGUCUUGAGGAGUGUACACUACCUGCACUUUGCCAUCAUACUCUGUGCCCUGACUGUUAUUGUUGUGGUGGUGAUCAGUCUACUGACCCCUCCACCCACCGACGAACAGACACAUAAUCUUACCUGGUGGACUUUACAUAACAGCACCGAGAGAGAAAUACCUGUACAGAAAGUAGCUACUCUUAGCUGCAGGACAGACGGCUGUGAGUCUGUGUGCAGGGGUAAGUGUGUACGCACCACUGGGUUCUGUAGCCCUCGACCUGGACGAUUUGCAACCGGGACACCACCUCCUAUAAUUCACAGCACCAGAGAAGAUCCCUUCUGGUCUCGUUUCUGUUGUGUCAAUGCCAUCAUUCUCAUGUGCAUCAACAUCUUCCUCUAUGCUUACUAUGCGUAACACAUACCGCCACACACAUAGUUUUUUGUUUUUUUGGUACAAAUGCAUCACCUAGACUUCUGAUAAGACUUUCUUGCAAUUGCGAGUAUGUAUCUUACU